CGCGCAUGACGUCACUGCGUGCGGCGCGGGGUGGAAACGGGGGCCGGUGGGCCCUGGGUAGCGGGAAGCCGGCACCAUGUUCGGCUCCAGCCGGGGUGGAGUGCGCGGUGGGCAGGAUCAGUUUAGCUGGGAGGAUGUGAAGACUGACAAACAGAGGGAGAACUACCUGGGCAACUCGCUGAUGGCCCCGGUGGGCCGCUGGCAGAAGGGCCGUGACCUCACCUGGUACGCCAAGGGCCGGGCGCACGGCGCGGGGUUGAGCCGGGAACAGGAGCUGGAGGCCGUGAGGCAGGCGGAGCAGGAAGCGCUUAUGGCAGCGUUAGGCUACAGGAACGUAAGGAAGCAGCCCACGGGCCUGAGCAAGGAGGACUUUGUCGAAGUCUGUAAGCGGGAAGGAAGUGACCCCGAGAAGGGAGUGGACCGGCUCCUGGGCCUGGGCAGCUCCAGUGGCUCUGCAGGGCGAGUGGCGCUGUCACGGGAAGACAAAGAGGCCGCUAAACUGGGGCUUUCGGUGUUCACGCACCACCGCGUGGAGAGCAGUCGGCCAGGGGUCUCCCUGGCUUCGGCCAAGAAGAAGCCUCGGUCAGAGGAGAAGGUGGAGCCAGGCCCUGAGAGCCACAGGAAGAGCAAGAAAGAGAAGAAAAAGAAGAAAAAACACAAGAAAGAGAAGAGAAAGAAAGAAAAGGAGCAUGGGAGGGGGUCACAUUCCUCACUGUCCCCUUCUUCCAUCCAGCAUGAUCCCAACUCCUCGCCUUGUUGCAAGAGGAAGCGCCGGCAGGACAGCAACUGAGAUCCAGAGAUCUGAAGGGCUAGCCUAUGGCGAUCACCCCAGGCCUCGAAACAGGCUUAACUGUGGCCUACUACGGCUGCUUUUAUUUUUCUUUGUACUGACUCACUCUUUGUACGUAAAUAAACUUAUUUUAAGUGGAAAGUGUUUCAUACUAAA